UUUUUCCAGCUCUUCACCAUGCUCAAGAUGGCAGGUGCACCUCUUAUCAAUGAGAUGCUGUAUGAGGCUACCCAGAUGCAGAUUCACUACCUGGAAUCAACUUGGAUUUCUAAUGUAUUGCCAAAUGAACAGUACAUGGGCUCUGUAGCACCCAGGAAGUCUGUCUUCAACAGUGGCCAGUCUUGUAUUUCUUCCAACAACUCCACUGCAUUUCUCCUUACUGCCAAGCCCCACUUUCCUAGCAUCUCCAUUGACUAUGCAGCUCCCCUUUUGAUACAUGACCUCUGCCAUGGCUGCCAUCUCUCCUCACCCAAUUCUCCCCUCCCUUUCUUGCACUUUCACUCCUGGGACAAGUUUUGCAUUCAGCAGCAUUUGGCACAGGACCCCCUCUCCCUGUCACCACCUCAAGCAAUUCAGGCUGUUCCCCCGAGCACCAAUAUGCCAUGGGGUUGGGCAAACACUGUCCUGAUA